AUGACAUCGAAAAACAUAAAUGCUCCCAUAUUGGGUCAACGUCAUUUUCAGACUCUUUUGCUGUUUUUCUCAAUUGUGGUUAACUAUAUAGCCAAAUUUAAUGCUGGCGUGGCUGUUGUGGCUAUGACGAGUACCGACAGUAACAAACAUGAUGUUCCUACCUACGACUGGAAUGAAAUGGAACGCUCUUACAUCUUGUCCAGUUUCUUCUGGGGUUACAUUAUGACCCAGUUUCUGGGAGGAUGGCUUUGUCGACGCAUUGGAGCCAAGAUUACCAUGUUUAUUUCGACGCUUGGAUCGGCUUUUCUGGUUCUUCUGGUGCCCUUCUUUGUGCCGUGGGGUGGUUGGCAGGCCUAUUGUGGCAUACGUGUUCUAAUGGGUGCAUUCCAGGGUCUUUUAUUUCCCUGUGUCCACGCCCACUUGGCCAUCUGGUGUCCAUCCAAGGAGCGCAAUCGGUUGGGCGCCUUGGCCAAUACGGGUAUCGAUUGUGGCACAUUGUUGGCCAUGUUUAUAAGCGGUUUGGUGGCUGCCUCAAGUGUCGGCUGGCCAGGCAUCUUUUACAUCUCCUGUGGCGUGGGAAUCUUGUGGAGCAUCUUUUGGUUAGUCUUUGGCGCCGAUUCUCCCAGUCAAUCGAGAUUCAUUACCCAAGAGGAACUCAACUACAUUGAAACCUCAAUCAGUGCGAAUAACAAAAAGAAAAUCAAAGCGACUGGUCAAAUUCCUGUGCCCUGGAAAGCUUUAUUGACUUCGAUUCCCUUAUGGGCUUUAUUUAUGGCACGUUGCACCCAAUCCUGGGGCUAUUCCACCCUCCAGGCCGAGAUUCCCGCUUAUAUGAAUGGAGUUCUUCUUAUGGAUAUGAAAAGGAAUGCUUUGUUCUCGGCUCUUCCAUUUCUAUGUUCUUGGAUUAUGGCUAUUGUCUAUCUUAUUGUCUCGGAUAUACUUUUAACUCGUGGCGUCCUGACCAUCACCAGCAUUAGAAAGAUCAUUAACUCGUUGUCUUCCUGGUUGCCAGCCACCUUUCUGGUUGGUCUCAGCUUUUUGGACAGCAGUCAGAAGACCUUGGCCAUUGUUCUCAUGAGUGUGAGUGUGGGCAUUAAUGCUGGCAACACAAUUGGUAGUGCUCUCAACACCAUUGAUUUGUCCCCAAAUCAUGCCGGCAUCCUGAUGGGCAUUGUCAACACAGGAGCCAAUAUUGUGCCAAUUCUAACGCCACUUCUCGUUGGGAUUAUCGUGAAGAACGAGCAUGAUCGUGUGGAAUGGCAAGUGGUUUUCAUCAUUUCCGCUGUUAUUUUCUUUGUGGGAAAUCUUUUCUUCAUCAUCUUUGGUAAAAUGGUGAACCAGCCCUGGAAUGACCCUGAUUUUCUGGACAAUCAACAAAAAGAGAAACUGCAAGCGGAUGGAAAAUCAAUUAAAACAAUUCAAGUACUUUAA